CUACUAGGGUUAAGCCACUGUAAAAUCGCUAUCCAAUUUCCAUUUCCUUAUGAUAUUCUUUCUCCCAAAAUAGAAAGAAAGAAUGGCGAAUUCAAUGGCAACUUUAUCAAGCAGGCUUUAUCGAUCUCUUCUCUCCAAACCCAAAACCCCUCAAUUUUCGAUGCCCUUUUGCACCACCACCCUUUCUUCCUCUGCUGAAGGUCCCCACUCCGACAUUGACUCAACUCUCGACUCACCUCCAUCGCAAUCCUCAACGCCCUCAGAAUCUGCCAAGGACUCCAUCACUCAGACGCUUGUACAAUCGCCGGCUUGAGAAUGGCCUCGAUAUGGGCAUUUAUAAGGCAAUUUUGGUUGGACAGGUAAGGCAGACCCCAGUGCAGAAGCCACUUAAAAGUGGGAUGUCGUUACAAUGUUUUCAGUGGUGACAGGUGGGUUUCGUAACAACAGGAGGCUGUAUGUGAAUGAGGAACCAGUGGAGUAUGCUAGUCUUAGAGCUGUUCAGUGGCAUCAAGUUAGUGUUUACCAAGAGUGGUUGGGAGGUUUUAUCCUGAAGCACGCUGUACCUGGGAUAAGCCAUCUGUAAUGGACGUGAAAUGCAUGAGAAGGGUGAGUGCAAGAGUGUGGAUUAAGUUAACAUUGAAGAUACUAGAAGCUUGAAGGUUUAUGAUAUAAGAUUUUAACAAUGUGACCUCUAUUGCAUAGUAAGGUUGUCGAUUGCAAAAAUAUCCUCCUUUUCCAGCACAGCUUUAUGACCUAGAAAAUAAAAAAUGCAAUGCACUGUAUCGUUAAAGGACUUUGCACUUUGUCAGAAGGUGAGCACCAAAACUCUGGAGUAUUGGAAGAUGGUUCCAUCCAUCAAAAUGGUCGGAUUAUGUUUUUGAGAAAUGUCGAUAAUUUCCGAUGACCAACUUCUGCAGAAAUGAAAGGUGCUGGGUUUUACUAGAAAGCAUUGCUUUUAGUUAAAGAAGUGAGAAUUUAUUUUACAUGGAACCAGUUAUGGCAUUUGUAAUCAUACAAUGCUUGAAGUUAGUUUAUGGAUGAAGAUGUUUGUGGCUUUGCAUCAACUGGAAAAGACUAAAUUGGAUGUUAUGUUAACUAAUAUCAAGGAUGAGUUGCUGGUGUAGCAUGGAGAAGUUGAGUAUCCCUGGUUUGAUGGUAUAGUCUAUGAUUCAUUAUGAUUUAUCAGCUUGUACAGUUCUGAGUUUAUGCCCCUUUAACCCUGUUGAAGAAAUGUGCUUGUUGCUGAAAGUUUGGCUCUUAUGGAUUGGUGAGAGAGAGAGAGAGAGGGUUUUGGGGUAUGGUUAUAAUUCAAUUUGGCUAACCGAAAUGCAAAUUACAUUGAAUAACAAACGUAGUUAUUGCUAUGUGGUCUGAAUUCUGAAAGUUAAAAACUUGAAAGACGUUUUGGAUUAGCGAUUGGGCUACCAGCGCAAACAAAAUCUGGUGGGUCUUAAACAAAUAAAAAGAAAUGGAUUGAGGGCCCAGCCCAGUCCCUGAAACAGUGCGCUUAUUUUCUUCGACUUCCCCAGCACGAGUAACAUCCGCGUCCCCUCUUCUCUUUCAUCUUUUUUACUUUACUACAAAAUGAAAAAAAACAGAAAAAAGAAACGCAUUUACUAGAAUUUUCUUCUCCUUUUCUCUUCUCUACUUUACUUUUUUUUUAUUUGCAGAAGAUAGAGAAAGAAUCAAAGAAAGAAAUUGUAAUUUGUUUCCUUCAAUCCCUCUUAAAUCUUUUAAAUUAAUAUUUUUUCCGUUAAAAAGGAGAGAAAAUGGCAACAACAGAAACUUCCCAUUCCCAAUCAGCGGAUUCCUACAUUGGAAGCUUCAUAAGCCUUAUUUCAAAGUCUGAUAUCCGAUACGAAGGCGUUAUCUUCCAUAUCAACCCUCUCCAAUCCUCCAUUGGCCUCAAAAACGUAAGAAGUUUCGGUGCGGAAGGUCGAAACAAGGUUGGGCCGCAGGUUGUUCCAAGUGACAAAGUUUAUGAUUACAUAUACUUCCGAGGAAACGACAUUAAGGAUUUGCAAGUUUUGUCUUCACUAUCCGUGCAGAGUAAAUCGGCUAUACCUGAUGAUCCUGCUAUCAUUCAGUCUCAUUAUCACCAUCCUGCUGCAACUUCAAUCAUGCCACAUUCUGCUUCUAGUUCUAUGACAAGUUUUACUUCAAAUUCACAGCUAGGACUUCCAAGUUCAGCUUUCCAAGACAGCGUGCCUCAAUAUCAGCCUGUGGGACAUGUGUUAUCAUUGGAUUCUUCAACUUCUACGACUGUAAAAAGCAAUGAGCAUAAUAUGCCAACGUAUUGGCAAGGAUUGAAUGGGCCCUUAGGAGGUUAUUCUUUUUUACAACAGCAGUCUUUGCUUCGACCACCACCUGGCUUGUUAACGUCUCCUGGGCUGCGUCAGAUGCAACGUUCCAUCAUGGAUGUAUCUAUUCCAAGUGCUGUACCAAACUUUUCUGAAAUUCCCCAUCCUUUAUUUCCACCUUCAAGUUCUAGCUCCCUGAACUCUAGAUUGCUGCCAUCUUCUAGUGCUAGCUCCCUGAACUCAACACUGCUUCUAUCUUCAAGUGCUAGCUCCCUGAACUCAACACUGCUUCCAUCUUCAAGUGCUAGCUCCCUGAUCUCGACACUGCUGCCAUCUUCAAGUGCUAGCUCUCAGAACACCACAACCCUGCCACCUUCAAGUUAUAGCUCCCAGAGAUCCACAAUGCUGCCACCUUCAAGUGGUAGUUCCCUGAACUCUACGUUGACAUCAAUCUCUUCCUCAGCUUUGCCCUCUAACCUUCCAUUAGGUUAUGCUGCUUCAUCAGUUUCUAAAGAAGCAUCAGUUUCUAAUGCUCCUGGUUUAAAAUUGAGUUCUUGCUUGCCUUUAGCAUCUGCUUUGACUUCUGCUGUGGAUACAAUUAAAAUUGCACUUCAAUUUGGUGAGAAAUCUAAAUCAACUCUUGGCUCCACUUCUCCCUAUACAAAUAUGUCUACACAUACACCUUCUAUUGUUGGGACAUCUGUCUCCAAUCAUCCUGAGGUACCAACUCCUUCUCUAGUGACACCGGGCCAGCUUUUACGGUCUGCACCCACAAGUCCAGACACAAUACUUUUUUCACUUCUUCCCCUCCAAACUGCUCAGAAAGAUAUUGAGGUGGUUCAAACAUCAACAUUAGAACCACUUUCAGCAGAUGCAAACGAGGCUCAGGCGCCAUCUGGGGAGAUGAAUGGAGCUUCUUUGGAUUCUCAACACCAUGACAAGGGGCGUGAACGAGGAAGAAGGAAUAGGCCAUAUGGCAGUGCCUUACAUACUCCCCGAAGUAUUAGCGGCCCUGUGGAGGAAAGAGAAAACAAGUCUCACCCCGCUAAUAAGGUUCAUGCUAGGAGGAGAAGAAAUGGGUUGUAUGGAACUGCGUCACACUCUCAUCGCAGUAACAUAAGCCCCUCAUGGAGACUAGAAAAAGUGAUGAAUGGAACUGCUCCACACCCUUAUUAUGGUAGCUGGGGCCGUGCACAUGGAAGAACAAACAUGAUUUCACACUUUGUUACCAAGUUUACUGAGGAUUUUGAUUUUGAGGCAAUGAACAAGAAAUUCAACAAAGAUGAGGUAUGGGGUCAACUUGGAAAAAGUAUCGAAGGUAUAUCAGAAGACAAUGGAGAUGCAGAUGACAGUCAGAAAGACGAUAGACAACAUGAUGAUGGAUAUGGACUGCUAAAAGUUGACAUAAAGCCUGUGUAUGUUAAGGAUGAGUUUUUUGAUUCUCUUUCUUGCAAUACAUUUGAUCGGGAGCCAAAGCAAGGACGGUCUAAGUUUUCUGAGCAGAAGAAAUUAGAUGUAGAGACAUUCGGUGGUUUCCGAAUUAAUCAUGGUGGACAUGGUGAUCGGGGAAUAGGGCGUGGUGGCUGGUCACGGGGUUCUAGAUAUGGAAGGGGAUAUGGACAUGGUGGAAGAGGCCUGGGAAGGGGUGUGUGGAGUCGAGUAGACUAGUUAGCUCUUUUGAACAUAGUCGUGAGUGGCAGGAUGUAACAAAGGGAAGAUAGCAGUAAGGAAGUAAUAAGAAACUGGAAAUUUUAACUUAAUGCUUGUAAUGGUUUUGCCAGUGCUAAGCAACAAGCAGCAGGCUGAUGUGAAAUGAAUCAUUAUGAAUUAUAUAAGAUGGACAAAGUCCUUGUUAACUUGUAAGCAACGUGGGGGGGGGGAAUUUGCCAAUGGCCUAAUCCGGUACUUGUCAAUUUCAAAAUUGAGAAGAGGCAACGUAAUUUUCAUUUUAAUGCAUUUCUGUAAAAUUUCUCCCACUUCCAUAAUGAGGAAUCUAGUGCUGAACCUGGCCUGGAAUUUAGAGGUAGAAUGCACUAAGCUUUGCGUCUAAAACUCCAAGUAAUGCCCCAAUUGAAGCAUAGUUUUAGAUGAAACUUUUGUUUGUUCAACGUGGGUUAGGUUGUGAAAUUAAUUUCGUGAUUAACAUGGUUGUCUCGUCUUACACAAAAGAAAUUGUCUACUAAUAAUGUCUUAUUUCCAUAUUUUCUCUUUCUAAUUAUAUACUACUAGGUUAGAAAAUCACUAAACUUUCUUUAUAAUUCUCUACUUAAUUUGAUUUUGGAUUGCGAUUGUGAUUGCGAUUUGAGUUUUAAAAUGUGUAAUAAUUUUAAAAAUCAUAUUGAAAAUGCAUUUUG